CUGCUGCGGCUGCGCACAGCGGCGCACAGCUGCGUCUGUCGCCGUCUCGGACGCUUCUCGCCGCGGGGAGAAGGAGCCGCGCUUCGCCGGUGGAGGUCGGACGCAAGGGGGGCCGGCGGCGAUGGAGCCAGCAGCCGUGUACGGAGCCGCCAAAGCCGGCAAGCUCGCCUUCGACCCGCUCGCCUUCUUCACGCAUCCACGGACCAUCUUGAGGCUGCUGUCGUGGGUGUUCUCCAUGGUGGUCUUCAGCUGCAUCGUGAACGAAGGCUACAUGAACAUCGGCAGCGAGCGUCUGCUGUGCGUGUUCAACAAGAAUGCGGACGCGUGCAACUUCGGCGUGACGCUGGGCGUGGCCUGCUUCCUGGCCAGCGCCUUUUUCCUGUUCCUCGACGCCGUCUUCCCGUCCUUCAGCAGCCUGAGGGACCGACGGCGUGCCGUGCUGCUUGACCUCGUCUGCUCAGGCGUGGCCAGCUUCUUGUGGUUCGUGGGCUUCUGUUUCCUGGCCAAUCAGUGGCAGGCGACGUCGGCGGACGAGCUGCCGCUGUCGCAGGGCGCCGACGCUGCCCGAGCCGCCAUCGCCUUCUGCUUCUUCUCCAUCAUCACAUGGACGGUGCUGACGCUGAGCGCCCUGCGUCGCUUCCUGUCGGGCUCGCACGCCAACCUGUUCACGUGGCAGCACCUGGACGCCAACCCGAGACCCGGCACCGGCCACGCCCGGGCCACGCCCUACCCCAUCACCAAUGGCGCCACCAUCGUGACCACUAAGCCCUACCAAGCCCCGCCCUUCACCGAGACCCUGGACCCGCAGAAGCUCACGCAGCAGCAGCACAGACCCGUGGCGCCCGCCUUCUAACAUCCCGCAGUGAUGAUGAUGUUGUUGCCAUGGCAACCACCGCCUCAGCUUUCUUCGCUUUUGUGUGUUCACACACGCACACUUAUAGGCACGCCACUGUACUCACACAUACACAGACACACACACACACACACACACACACACGCACACACAUGAGCAUGUUCUUUUAGUGUAGACGACGCCUUACAAAAAGGACAUUUUUAGUGGAAGCAUUUGAUUGGCUCACAGUGUGAUUGACAGGCAGCGAUAGAAGGGCGGGAUUUGCCGGUUAUGCUGGCAGGGGAAUUUAAAAAAAAAGGCAGGACAGCACCUUCCUGAAUGUUCCACUUUAUAUGAAAUAUUCACGUGAUUUAAUAUUUCAUUGUGAUAUGCUCAAGUGUAUGAUGACAAAUGAAAAAAAAGAAAUAAAACCAGCACCAUAUCCGA